AUGGAUAUUUAUAUCUUAACGACUUCACCCCCGACCACAGAAGCUUCACGGUGGCAGGACAAGCAGACCCUACAACAAAGGGCACUCAAGGUGAUGGCGAUGCUUGGAGGAGCAUGCCUUGGCAGCUUCAUCUUGGAUGAGAUCGAACAGGACAUCGAGGAACCAAUGUCCCAAAAUGGUAUUAAUCGCCUCGUUGAUCGCCUCCGAGCGGAUUUCGGCCCUGACUUUCUUAUCACCCUUGCCCCUGUUGCUACGGCUUUGCAGGGUAAGGCCCACCUGUGUGGGUUCAACUAUCUGCGUUUUGAGGGUGAACAUGGCAACAAGAUUGAUGUCUAUAACACCCAGUUCUACAACGGCUGGGGGAGCCUCGCAACAACCAAGGACUAUGACGCUAUUUCGAAUACAACGCCCGAUAUCGAUAUGCACCACUUCACCCGUCCUCUCGUCUAUUAA